AUGCACACGAACAACCGUCGGGGCAAUAGACGUUUCCAACAAGGGCCUCCUAACGCUAUGAUGAGGCAAGUUCAUUAUGGAUUUUAUUUCAACCCUCCAGUAUAUCAACAAGUACCUGGACGACCUCUCAGACAUCCUCAGGGAACUCCGAGAUAUAACCAAGGAUCUUUUGAAAAUCGACGAAGAUCUCGAAGAUCUAAACCAAAAACUUCUGGAAAACGAACUAAAAGGAAACAACGUAAUAAACAACGAUCUCCAAGAUCUCAACAGAGAACUUCUGGAAAACGAGCUAACAGAAAACGACGUAAUAAACAACGACCUCCUGGACCUGGAGUAGGGAGACUCCAAAACUUCCAGCAAGGAUUUUCCACUUACCGACGAGGAGAGCAAUUCGAUCGUUCAAGAUAUCAGAUAAAUGGUCAGCUAGGAUAUCCUGAUGCGCGGCAGGAAAGUUUGCAACAUCUUCAACAGAUGAAUCCUCAACAAGGCCAAGGUCACGAAAACAAAGCUCUGCGAUCAGAUCCAAACACAUUCAAUCAGCCUGUGCCACCGCAGCCGUUGACGAAUUCAACAAUUCAAGAGAGAUUGACAUCAAAUCCGUCGGAAGCUUCAGAUAUUGAAACCCAUCAACCAAAACCCAAUCUUGAGCCAGAUCUGAUAGAAAAUCAAAUUGUGGAUCCGAAUAAUGAUGGCAGCAGUGAAAGAAGCAGAUCUGUAUUAGUAUUCUUGGAAAACGUGGAAACACAGCAUCUUGCUAAAACACGCAUCAAAAAUGGUCUCCAAAUCAAAAGUAUCAAUUACGUGGAAGAGGGUGAUAGUCAGAAAUCGAUUGGAUUUGUUGUUGCCAAUGGUAAUAAAAUCGAAAAGAAAAAUUGUGUUGAAGAACAUGGCGAAAAGGCACCAGAAGGAAACGAGAUUAAUGAGCCUGCGCUACGCUUGACGGUUGGUAUGACAAUGAGUGACUCCAUUUCCGCAGAAGAUUUCGGAAAAGAGAGGGAGCAAAAGAAACCCGUUAGCUCUGUGAAUAUGAGAGACGAUAGUCACAAACCAAAUGAAUUGAUUGUGCCCAACAAUCCAACAUCGGAAAAUGAAGAUCUAAUUGCGGGAAAUGAAAAGCAUACAUCAGAAGUAGAAGACAGUGAACAAAUUGACUAUCGUGCUGGCAAUAUGUUGAAUGAUUUUGUGCCAGAGACAGACAGAAAAGAAGAAAAACCAAAAGAGCUUGUAAGCCUUGGCACAUGCUCGUGUCAUAAAGAACAUGAGCCACCAUCCAUUUUCACUGUAUUAACAGCAGCUCCUAAAUCAGAUCCUCACUCCGUGAUACAAAACGAAACGGGAAUACUAUUCGACCAGUCAAAGCCAAUUAAUAAAUCUGCAUGCCCAGAUAUCUCAAUCAACAAUAACAACAUGAAUACUCCAAUCAUCAUUACUGUGGUUCCACUUAUCUCAAAUAUGAAUGAGAAUGCGGUUGCACCGAUAGUAUUUGGGGAUGGGGAAGCACCAUGCAACCCACCUUCACUACCAAAUAACAAUAAGCACAAAAAGGAUGAAGAAAUUCCAUCCGAAACUUCGGGAAUUCAAAAUGCGAGACCAGUGUCUCUUCCUUCUAUGGAUUUAGGGCCGUUGUCAGCUAGUGAGGUAGUGGAUGAGACAAUGAGCUCUAAUCUUCCAAGUGUCGAGAUCUCAACCAGAGAUAUUAUAUCGACUGAUUCCACAGUAGUUUACCAAAAAAAUUUAGAGCCAGUUCUUGAACUGCAGACAGCCAAAAACACAAACGACGAAGCAGCAGAAAUUUUGAGAACUCCGAUUACUCCCGAAAUCAAAUCGACAUUUGUGAUCUCAACUUCAACAAGUUGCAACGGGGAUAAAGCUAAUUAUGGGUAUUCUGAAUUGAACACAGAGAUUAAACCAACCCCACUUCUGUUGCUAGGUGAAGAAGAAAACAUAGUUGGAGAAACCGACAGCUCUCGUUUUUUAAACGGUUCCCAAUUAAAAGAGAAAACCAACACAACUACAAACAACAUUGUCAGUCCUACAGAAGAGGUAUCAGAGGAUGAGCCCAAGAGCAAGAAAAAGAAAGUUGCAGACUUCGACGAAGAGCACAGAGAUCACGGAAAUAUUGUAGCAGAAUACGCCUCGUUGCCAACAAGCCCGAAGUACACGGAAACUCAGCUGGGGAUGAUAGCUUCUGUGCAACCUGUGGCCUAUCAUAAUGGGUUUAAUGAAACCAAACCCAAUGACGAGGCAUCAAACGAAAACACUUCACAGGAAACUUCUACUCCACAAUUCCAGCAAACUAAACAAGAAAAGUACAGAGAACUGAUAAUCGAAGCUCAAUCACAACCGCCACAACGAGGACCAUCUACAGUUUCUGAACCUGCCCCUGCUGCGGCAUCGAAUGUAAUGGAAAUUAUUGAUCUCCGCACACCACCUCCGCAGUCACCGGUUCAUAUACAAUGCCCAGUAGAGAUUCCGAUCGUCAAUCUCGAAUUAUUGAAACAAGCUCAAGUUGCCGUCCCAACUAAGUCCGCAAGUGUUGAACGAACAUUUCAACUUGCUAUCAGAAACAACGUGACUUUCAAGAAUGAGGAUAUACUACGAAGAGCGAUGACUUCAUUACCAGCUUCACAUACAGAUUUCGCAUCUUUGCAAUCAUUCUAUGCAAGUUGGCUUCCGCCGCGUGCAGCUUGGCUCAACUUGUAUCCCACUUCAGGAGUUCUUGGCCCACCACGUGUAACUGCACAAAUUGUCACAACCCGGGAACCGACACCAAUGACUUUUGCACAGGGAACGAUGAAAGCAUUCGAGAAGUGA